AUGGCGUCUAAAAAUACCGUCUUGCCUUUGUUGAGGCGUGAACUACGAUCUUCCACUCGAUUCCCACGAACUUCCUCCAUCUCCGCCAUUGCCACUCCAGCUCGUCAAUCAGCCCCAUUCACUGCCUUCGGGGCAUGGUUAGCGCGUCGGACGGUACUCUUCACCCCACUUACCCAGACCCGAGCUUUUUCGCAAUCGCUAUCAAAACGCUUCACCGAUGAGAAUGGCGACUUUGACCCUCGGUCAUUGGAUCGCGAGUCAGACGAUGUGGAUGUAUGCAUUGUUGGUGGUGGUCCCGCCGGUCUUGCUGCCGCAAUUCGUUUGAAGCAACUUGCCAACGACGCUGGCAACGAAGAGUUCCGAGUUAUUUUGCUGGAGAAGGCUGGUGAAAUCGGCGCCCAUAUCGUUUCUGGGAAUGUCUUGCAGCCAACCGCUCUCAAUGAACUCCUUCCCGACUGGCUGUCCGAAGACAACCCAUCGCGCUUCGAAGGUGCGACCCCCGCUAAGGGUGACAAGAUGCGCUUUUUGACUAAAAACGGCUCGUACCCACUUCCCACGCCACCGCAAAUGCACAACGAAGGAAACUACAUCGUCAGUCUGAACGAGUUGACCAAGUGGUUGGGAGAGCGCGCCGAGGAGGUCGGCGUGGAAGUGUACCCUGGAUUCGCGGCCAGCGAGAUAGUCUACAGCCCUGAUGGUGCGGUCAAGGGUGUUGCAACAAAUGACCUUGGACUCGGACGGGAUGGCAAAGCCAAGGACACAUUCGAGAGGGGAAUGGAGUUCCACGCCCGUGUUACGCUUCUCGCCGAGGGCUGCCACGGCAGCUUGACCAAGCAGGUGAUGAAGAAAUACGAUCUCCGACGCGACAGCGACCCCCAAACAUAUGGUCUCGGGAUCAAGGAAAUCUGGGAAAUCCAACCUGAGAAGUUCCGCUCUGGUGAGAUCACUCACUCUAUGGGAUACCCCCUUCCCAAGGACACCUAUGGUGGAGCCUGGAUGUACCACUUUGGCGACAACAUGGUGAGUAUCGGUCUGGUGGUGGGCUUGGACUACCCGAACCCUUGGCUUUCGCCUUAUGGGGAGUUCCAGAAGAUGAAGCACCACCCCAUGUUCAAGGAAGUUCUCGAGGGUGGCAAGUGUAUCUCAUACGGGGCCCGAGCUCUGAAUGAGGGUGGUUUCCAAUCAAUCCCAAAGUGUGCUUUCCCCGGUGGUGCCUUGAUCGGUGACACUGCUGGCUUUUUGAAUGUUCCAAAAAUCAAGGGUACUCACACUGCCAUGAAGUCGGGUAUGUUGGCAGCAGAAGCCACCUUCUCGGCGCUUCAGAGUGAGAACCAGGGCACUGUCUUUUUGUUCGACUACGAAAAAUCUUUGCGGGACUCAUCUAUCUGGAAGGAGUUGUCCGAGGUGCGCAAUAUUCGACCCUCAUUCAAUUCUCCACUCGGGUUCUUCGGUGGACUCCUUUACUCUGGCCUGGAAGCAUAUUUGUUCAAGGGAAGAGUGCCGUGGACCCUCAGUCACCACGGUACCGAUGCAGCGGCAACCAGGCCCGCAUCUGAAUACGAAAAGAUUGAAUACCCCAAGCCAGAUGGUGAGAUCAGUUUUGAUAUCUUGACCAGUGUGAGCCGAACAGGCACCAAUCAUGAGGAAGACCAACCGGUCCACCUGCAAGUGGAGGAUUGGGAUAAACACAAGGACAUCGCAUGGCCUAAGUACAAGGGUAUCGAAAACCGGUUCUGCCCUGCAGGCGUCUACGAGUACGUGGAGGACCCCAGCAAGGAGCAUGGGGUUCGGUUCCAGAUCAACUCUCAAAACUGUAUUCACUGCAAGACUUGCGACAUCAAGGUGCCAACCCAAGACAUCAACUGGCAGACACCUCAAGGUGGAGAAGGACCGAAGUACAUCAUGACGUGA